AUGCAGCAGCGAAAAAACCAGCAGCAGAAGCAGCAACAAGCGCUGCUGAAGUUGCAGGAGCAGCAGCAGCAGCAACAGCAGCAGCAGCAGAAGCAACAGCAGCAGCAACAGCAACACGAGCAGGAACGACAGCAGCAUCAACAAGAGCAACAGCAACAGCUGCAGCAGCAACAGCCACAGCGACAGCAGCAACAGCCACAGCAGCAGCAGCAGCAACAGCCACAGCAACAGCAGCAGCAACAGCAACAGCAGCAGCAACAGCCACAGCAACAGCAGUAG